UUGUGUGAACAGUUCACAGAGCAUCUAGCUUUGAUUUUCCUGUAGAGAAAAUUGUGCAAAAUUAGCAAAUUCAGCUUUUUGGGAUUGUGGGCUAUAGCCAAGCCCGUACUGUGCGCUGAUCUCGAUAUGGCAGACGAUUCUUCUGCAUCAAAUGGAACUGGGGCCUCAAGUAUGCCACGGCGAGGCGCACUUGAUGGGAUCGCGGAUCGGAUGAAGUGGAUGCUGAAAAGUGGAGAUCUGUCCGAUGUGCAGUUUAUAGUAGGACGAGAGUUCGGAACAACGAAGAUCUUUCGAGCACACAAAUAUGUGCUAAGUAGCAGCAGUGAUGUGUUCUACACCAUGUUUUACGGGAGCCUGCCCGAGAAGUGUGACACUGCCAUCGAUAUUCCCGAUGUGCCUGAAGAUGCCUUCGAAAUCAUGCUCAGGUAUGUCUACACGGAUAAGGUGGAUGUCGAUGAGGAUAAUGUUUACCCAACGAUGGUGUGCGCUGACAAGUACGACCUACCACGUUUGGGGGAUCAGUGCGUCCACUAUGUCCUCACUGAGCUCAGAGCUGGCACCUGUCUGUACCAUGUGGAAAGGGCCCUUAUGUGGGGUGCACCUACCGCACAUAUCGUAGAGAGUUGUCUGCACUUCGUGGAUGUACACUGUGAAGAAAUCUUGGAGUCUGAAGAUUUUGCUGAAAUCGAACACAGCACACUGGAAAGAAUUGUAAAACGCGACACGCUUUUUGGGGAAGAAAAUCUUAUAUACACAGCGGUGAAUAGAUGGGCUGCGGAGACCUGCGACAUUCGUAAUUUGAAGCUUUCACGGGCUAACCGGCGCCAGGUGUUAGGUCCGGUACUACACGUGAUACGAUUCCCACUGAUGACAGACAAGCAGCUGGCAGACGGUCCCAUUGGCAGUGGCUUGCUGACGUUGCCCGAGUUAAAAGAAAUCUACCUUCACAAGCACGCCACAACGCCACCCCCGGUGCCACCUGGCCUAUUCCCCACGCAGCCACGACAGCCUCCGUUGAUCCGUGUGGCUGGCAUGGAAUUCAAGCACAAGGAGGAAAUCUUUGUGGAAGACGGAAUACAGUGGUGCCCUGCUGAAGUAUUAGGGGCACAUGGGUCAACUGUUAUCGGGUUGUCUCUGUACUCGGAUAAGAUCGUCAGGACCGAACCGGAGAGGGUUAUUCGGGCCUCGGACAUCCUAACUAGUGGGCAAUCAGUCCUGUGGUCGGAGACGGGCUUAUGGGGGCGUUGUAAAGAGGCAACGUACGUACAGCCGGAUGUUGAUCACUGGCAUGAGAUCGGUUCGGCAGGCAAAGAGCGUACGGUGCAGCUCCAUGACAUUACCUUAAGCAAUAUCCAAGUGGAAGCAUGGAAAAAAGCGAAAGCCGCCAGCAGCGAGGGAAACAGAAGUGGAGGUCCUCAGUGGAAGCGUUCACUGGAUGCGGCUAAUCUUGUCUGA